CAUUAAAUCCAAAGAAGAAGAAGAACUACUUCCGGUUAGCAAUAUCGCUGGCAGGUGUUACACAAACUUAAAGAACAAGACUCUUAGAUGUGAUUUUCCUGAAGACACUGCUCUCUUAAUGUGUUCUAAUGCUUUUAAAUCGCUGCUUCCGGCUUUGCUCCUCAUGCAGCCGUGUGUUCUACAACACAGAAGCGAAGAGAAGAAGAAGAAGUGAGUGGAGGACACCUGCAGGACUGGGAGAUAUGCUAACUGGGAGAUAUGCUAACAUGACUGAGGAGCAACACUGGAGUACAGCAGUGACACCAAAACGCUCCUGUCACAGUGAUCUGGGGGACAUAUACAAGGCUGAGUCUGUCCAGAGGUAUCUUCUGCAGCUCAUGGAGGAGUACAGAGACCUCAGUAAGAAGCUGCAGCAUGCAUACCUCAGUGAAGCUGACAGAAAGGUGCUCAUGAAGAAACACACAGAGCUGCAGCCUGUGGCAAAUGUGUUUGAGAGUGUUGAACACGCCAUAAAAGACCUGGAGGAAGUGCUGUCACUCAUGCAUAGCUCAGCUGGUACCACAGAUGAAGACAAACAACUAACCCAGCUGUUGAAGGAGGAGGAAGCACAAAUCUCCUGCAACAUUAUGGCCUUAAGAAAAGAUUUGAUUCGAGCUCUUGUGCCUGCCGACCCUCUGGACUCCAGUGACGUGAUGCUGGAAGUCGUAACAGGACGAACAACAGGAGGUGACAUCUGUCAGCAGUUCACCAGAGAAAUGUUGGACAUGUAUGAGGGUUUUGCCUCCUACAAGAACUGGGACUUUGAGGUUUGGAACUACACGCCUGCUGAGUAUGGUGGUUUGCACCAUGCAGCAGUGAGAAUAGCCGGGGAGAACGUGUACAGACAAUUGAAGCAUGAAGGAGGAACACACCGAGUGCAGAGGAUACCUGAGGUGGGCCUCUCCUCCAGGAUGCAGCGAAUCCACACAGGGACCAUGACUGUCAUAAUCCUGCCUCAGCCAGUGGAGUUUGACGUCCACAUUGAUCCAAAGGAUCUUCGCAUCGACACAUUUAGAUCUCGAGGUGCUGGUGGCCAAAGCGUCAACACAACAGACAGCGCAGUGCGCAUUGUUCAUCUUCCUACGGGCAUCACAGCAGAGUGUCAGCAGACUCGCUCUCAGCUGCAAAACAGAGACACCGCCAUGAGUGUGUUGAGGGCAAGGCUCUACCAGAGGAUGAUGGGAAAAGAGACUGAGCAGAGGCAUACAGCACGAAAGCAGCAAGUGGGCACUCGCUCUCAGUCAGAGAGGAUUCGAACCUACAACUUCAGCCAGGAUCGAGUGACAGACCACCAGACUGGAUAUACCACCAGAGAUAUCAAGGAGUUCAUGAGAGGAGGAGAGGCUCUUCAUGAUCUGAUAUCUGACGUACUUCAACACGCAGAGAAGGAGGCGCUCAUGGAGGUCGUGGAGAGCAGCAGUGGCGGUCUGAAAUCACCAGGGUCGGGUAAAUCUCCAGACACACAGUGACACUCAGGGAACUGACUGUGAGGUGCAAUGAACGUACAGUCAGUCAUUUGACAUGUAAGAGCAACUUAUUUAGAUUAGACUUGAGAUGUUUAUUUAUUUAAUAAAAUAUGAAAACCUGGA